UUUUCCCUUCACGCGCGUACUGGUAGCAUCGGCAAUUCGAGACUCCCUGUCCCUUUCUUCUCUGGUUCGUUGGUAAAUCUUCCUCUUUUACUUACUGCGUUUCCUUCUCUCUCCUCUCCUCUCAUCUCCUCUCCCCGGCGAGCAAUCGUAUUCUAUAGUCAUAUUUUCACUCUUUUAAUAGUAUUCAAAACCCUAGGAAGAGCAGGAGAAGAUGUUAAGAGUUGCAGGGAGGAGACUCUCGUCUCUGUACUGGCGUCCCAAUCAGACCGCGUCGGUCAUCCUUACUAGGAACCUAAUCAACGGCGACGCAGCUGCUUCUGAUAACUCCAAGUCAUCGAUCUGCUCUAACUAUGGAUUCCCUUCCACAUCGGUUUUCCGCGAUCCCAUCAGAGGGUUUGCUUCUGAAUCACUUGCCCCACGGCAUGACUAUGGAAUCAUAUCAGACAUUCCUGCAACUGUAGCUGCUGUGAAGAACCCAACUUCAAAGAUUGUGUAUGAUGAACACAAUCACGAGCGCUUCCCUCCAGGUGACCCUAGCAAGCGGGCAUUUGCCUACUUUGUCUUGACGGGUGGGAGGUUUGUGUAUGCCUCACUCAUCCGACUCCUCGUUCUCAAAUUUGUGCUGAGUAUGUCCGCCAGCAAGGAUGUUCUUGCACUUGCCUCCCUUGAGGUUGAUCUCUCCAGCAUUGAGCCAGGGACCACUGUGACUGUCAAGUGGCGGGGAAAGCCAGUUUUUAUCAGGCGCCGGACUGAGGAGGAUAUAAAGCUUGCCAACAGCGUUGAUGUGGGAUCCCUGCGGGACCCACAGGAGGAUGCUGCCAGGGUUAAGAAUCCGGAAUGGCUGGUCGUCAUUGGUGUCUGCACUCAUCUGGGUUGCAUCCCAUUGCCUAAUGCUGGGGACUUUGGCGGGUGGUUUUGUCCUUGCCAUGGGUCUCACUAUGAUAUCUCGGGCAGGAUACGAAAGGGCCCGGCACCAUACAACUUGGAGGUGCCCACUUACAGCUUCUUGGAGGGAAAUAAAUUGUUGGUUGGCUGAGGAUUGAUGACUAUCCAUCCCAUCCUACUAGGGUGUGGGAUAAUUGGAACUUUGAUUUUACCUUGGGCCUUUGGGUGGNG